UGUUGUGCUUGUGUGUCUGUGUUUCUGAAAUUCUGUUUCUAUUUUCAUGAGUUCAGUGUCAAAUAUAUGUGAAGUAAUAAUAAUAAAUAAGUGCAUGUAAAUAUUUUUAUUUCGAGUGGAAUACUAAUAAAUAAUAAAUAAGAUUGAGAAGAACUUCUUCCGAUAAAAUAAAUAAAAUAACACGUAAAGUAUAACAAUUUUACUAUCAAUAUCUGUACGCUAAAUAUUGUUGUGCCCAAAAUAAAAUUAACUAAACACCACGUAUUUACCCCAACAUUUGGGUUCAACCUAUUGGUUUGAGGGUUCAACACAUUUAGUAGUUUUAAUUUUUUAAUAGUUAAACUUAAGUUACUACAUAAGUCAAAAUGUAAUGAAGUGAAGUGCGAGAAACAAUCGGGGAAUUGGAACUCAUUUUGAAAACUUGAUAUGACAAUGUUCUUCGAUGCUUUGUAUAAAAACAGGCAUAUUAUGCAGGAGUUUGAAGAUAUAGAAGUGCACAAAACUAGUGUAUCGGUAUUUGUGGCUCUCUUUUAUCUGGAGAUGCUGUAUGUUUUGCUUAUGACUCUGUCUAUAUUGAAUAGAUUGAAUCAGUUGACUUCAUAAAUUGAAAUUUAAUAAAACAAAAAUGAAUAUAUUGUAUAACAGCGGAAAUCUCGUUCAUAGCAACGAUAAUGAAAAACUGUACCUAAACGAUAAAGGUGUGUCAGUGAAUAACUACCUACUGGAACAGCAUCAAGUUGAGGCGCUUAGGUUCCUAUUCGAACAAUUUGACAAGAAAUCCCCGGGAGCAGUGGUUAACUUUCCCCAGUCAUGUGGCAAGGCGCACACAGUUGCUAUCUUCUUGAAUGCAGUGUCCAAUAAACUGAAGGAUCCGGUCUUAAUCCUUUGUAAGGAUAUCUCGGAAAUGAAGUAUUGGAAAGAGAUUCUAAAUAAAUGCUCUUCAUAUAUUGAUGAUGAAAUUGCCAUAGAUUUCUACAACCCAUACACUAAAAUGAAGAAAGUGUUCCUAAAAUCAAAAGAGAUCCCGCCCAGUUACACGCAGCGACACUGGAGUGUUGUUAUUAUAAAACACAACACCCAAAUGUUCAAGUUUCCAGUCACAGCUGAUUUCAAGAUAUUCAUAUGUUCGACUGAUUUAAAGAAAGACUAUGCUAUGCUUUCCCACGUCCAUACGUGGCUCUAUCCAAAACGGAAGGUAAAUAUUCCUGAUUUUGUUGCAAAAGAAAACUGCCCUAAAGAAAGAUUCAAAAAAUCUGUACAACUAGAUUUAUUACUAGAGGAAUUUGCAAUUAGACGAUACAUUAACUUAGUGCCGUUCCAGACUUCCAAGAACGACGAUAAGGCAGCAGAAAGUGAAAAAAUUAUAGAAAAAGCAGAUGCGAGCGUGCAAGAUGAUAGAAAAAGGCAUAUAAAAAAUAAAGAUCCCACAGGAACCAAAAUUAAAAAAUCUAGAUUAGUUAGCGAUGACGACACAGUAUUAAACACAACAACGAAACCAAACGUUGUUUCGGCUAACAACGAGACAAGAUCUAACAAUGAAAACGCAAUUUCAAUAAAUGAUCAGAUGGAAAACAAAGUAUCAGAUAAAUCUCAAAUAAAGGAAGAGUCAACGGAGCCAUUAGAAUUCGACAACGCAUCUAAUGUCAAUUUAAAUGAAAUCAAAGAUUUAAGAAAACAAUUAUUUGAAUCAUUAGGUUUUGAGAGUGAGAGUUUAUUGGAAAACAAUAAUUCUAAUGUUAUGCUAGAGGAACAUACAUUCAGUUCGGUACAUUUCGACGAUAACGUGGAAAAGGAAGAUUCCACGGAGUCUUUGUGUUUUAACAGUGGAAGUAAUGUUGAUGUACCCAAUGAUUUACAAAAUAAAAACAUUUUACAGAAAAACUUGCUUGAGUCAUUAGGUCUCAAUCGAGAUAAAGUUGAAAUUAAUAAAAAAAUAAGUGUUGGUCAAAAUGAAGUCUUGUUACAAAAACAACCGAUUGAAUCAUGUCCAGAAGAUAUGCAAGUUGAAAUAAAAAAAGAAUUGAAUGAUGACCUAAAUAAAGAAGCGCAGUCGUUUAGUCUGGGCCUGGGUGAUGAAAAAGGUGAAAUAAGAAAGGAAUUAAGUGAUGAUCAAAACAAAAAGAUGCUACAAAAGAAAUUGAUUGAAUCUUUAGGUCUCACUCCAGAUGAUGUGCAAUUCGAAAUGAACAAAGAAAUAUCAAUAAGUGAUGACCAAAACAGAAAAAUGCUACAAAAACAGUUGAUUGAUUCAUUAGGUCUAGAUGAGGAAGAUGGGAAUGAUGAAAUAAAAAAAGAGUCAAAUGAUGACCAAAAUAUGAAUGAGGAAGAGACACUUGAAAUAAAAAUAGAACCAGAUUGUGACACAAAAACAAAGGAAAAUGUAAAUAGCGUUGGUGGAAACAAGUCUGGUGAAAGUGACAAAGAUUUAGAUUUAAAGAUUUCGUUAAUGGAAGAAAGAGCACUUGAGAAAUUCAAAGGAUCUCUUCUUGACAGUCUUUUCUAAGCUUUACUUUCUUGUGCUAUGAAUUCAAUGGCAACAUAUAUUUAAAUUGUUUAUUUUCUUCUUAAACCACUAAUUUAAGCUCUUAUAACACUGAUUUUAAAAUAUACUUAAAUUGUGACUUCCUUCAUAAAAAAUAUUGAAUUUGUUCCUGUAGAUGUGGAGUCAUAUCUGUAUAUAUCAUGUAUAAUUGUAUAUAGAUGUAAUUGAAAGUCCUCCCAAAUUAAGGCUUAAGCAAAACUAGCAGAUAAUUAUGUUUUCAUCAGUUAACUUUUAGCCUGGCAUAAAAGAGUAGAAAUUAAUAGGGGCGCCACUAUAGCGAAUAUGGCAACACAAAUACGAGAAACAUAAACGUAACCAUAACAACAUAACUUUCAAAGCCGAUAGAAUAAUCACGAAAACACUUAUUAAAAAGUUUAAAACCAUGUAAAUAUUGUAAAAUACUUCAGAGUUCAACAUUUAUAGUACUUUUCUUUUAAAAUAAAUACAAACCUGUCAUCUCAGCCGUUCUUUGGUAAACAUUGUCCAGAACCGACAACAACGUUUUGGCUUCGAAUUCUGUCAGACAUCUAUUAUAAGCGUGUUAUAUAACUUGGCGGGUGCCACUACGGAUUGUCAUAAUCAUCUUGUGCCACAAUAAUAUUAGUUCACUGCCGAUAAUUUCCCACAGUCUAUUAAUUUCGUAAAUAAUCCCGAGACAUCUGACAGCAUAGACACUAACAACUGACAAGUUGAAUAGUGUUGUAAGAGGGAAAAAAAGUUAGUUCCGUUUCUACACUUUUUUGCCAAGCUGUAGUUCUUCAUGUUUUAAGUAUUAGGUUUUAGGUUCUUCACGUUAAAGAUUACAGUUUUGUGUGCUCAUUCUAUUUACCAUAUUACUAAUCGUUAUAAUUAGGCACUUGGCUACUUGUAACUCUGAACUGGCGUACAAGGUUGUUGAACUGCGCUGUGUCAAGGUUAUGCCAACUGUUUGACUUUGUAGCAAUGAAACAAAAAACGAGGCAAUUGUAAUUAAAUUUAUUUGUCCAGCCACAUCCUGUCAGAAACGCAAUCUCUGAGCAGUCGGGCAUUAAGAAUGUUUGUGUAUAUAGUAGGGAUUAUUAAUUCUGUGAAUUAUGUUACAAUGGUCAAGUACCUAUAAUGUCUCAAUAGAAAAUUUAAAUAACAGGUUCAUUAAAUUGUUGAAAAAUGUAUCCAAUUCAAAUAAUUGAAUCUGUGGAUUAGGGUGUUCAACCCUAAAAAAUAUUUUACAACAUUACAUGAGAGUAUUAGUCAAAAAUUAAGAUAUAUUCGCUAUGGAAGGUCAUGACGAAAUCUGGGUUCCUCAAUAGAUUUAUUAUGGAACACUAAAAUAACAGAUAAUUUUUAAUUCCUGUCUUGAUCACAUUUUUUUUGUAUUUUUCUAUAAUUUGUAUUUGCAGUCUUAUUAGUUUUUGAGAUACAAGUAUAUUAUUAUAUAAGUGUUUGUUUUGUCGAAUUACUGACGUGUAGUACAAUAUUGGAAUGCAUUCAGCUGGCCUGUAUGAUAUGAGAAUCCACAAAAUGAAACUAAAUUGAUAGAUGUGCCAAUUUAGGUUUGAAUUAUCUUUAAGUGCUAAAACUUUUCUGACCCGGAGGCCAAAACUGAAACUAAAGUCGCGGAGGCCGCCAUUUUCCAAAACAUACUAAAACUCAGACCAAUUACCUUAGGACCUGCCUCGCUAGAGGAGUUCUGUCAAAAUAAUUUGAUCAUGAUCAAACGUUUUCAUACAAACUGCGUCUAUAUACUCUAUGUUUCAUUGUGUGUAUAACGAUUUAAAAUGUAUAGUUGUGUGUAGUGUAAGGACACAGGAUAUAUUUAUUGGUGUUAAAUAUUUUCGAUAUUUGGGUUUACCACGUCCCCCUCGAAAAACCACAGACAAUUUUGUUGGUGAAUUUGAGUGCGAUACAAUAGAAAGUAAUUGGUCUGAGUACUAAAAGAGCGACAACAGCGACUCCCUUACCGGGCCAGUUAAGUUUGUGGCACUAUACCUACCUAAAAUGGUAAUUAAAAAAUAAAUAUUAUAUAAGGAGAGUUAAUUUUUAAUUUUUUUUGUUGUACAUACUAAAGUUACAUACCUAAGUCCUAAGCGUGUUUUUUUUACAAUUAUUUAGCACAAAAAUGUCGAAAGAAAUGAUGUACGAAAGCGAUGAUUACUCUGUAAUAAAAAGCUUUUCUUUGUAA